AAAAAGAAGUGAAAGAGAUUGAACUGUGAAGCAAAAUCUGACGUGGGACAUAGAUUACGUUCGCUUCUAAUCUCUACAGGUCAUAUGGUUCGGUGGCACCUUUAUUCACCAAGCAAAACACCGCUUCUUUCGAUCAUCUCUUUUUCAUUUUCUUUUUCUCUCAGAUAGACAAAAAGGUGUAAUAAUUAUUCAUCAAUCAUCAGAAUAAUUACAAAAAAUAAGGGAGGUAUCUAUCUUGUCACCCUCUCUCUCUCUUGUUACCCAAGAUGAGCUUCUACAAAAGAAGCUUUCACUCUUUCCUCGACCAGACCAGCACCACAAAGAUGUCGUUUGAAUCCGGUCUUGCCCAUGACGAGGUGAAUGGUUUAAUGUUGUGUACAGAGUAUCUAGGGUUCGAGAGUUACGACAUGAGGAUGUCCGAGAACGAGGUGCACAAUAAGAUGAUGUGUCAUGCGGAGGUAGAGACCAAGAUGGUCGAUACAAAGAGGUUAAAGACGAAGGAGAAUGUGGUGCGAGAGCAGAAAAGAGAGUUUUCUCCUCCUCUCCCGUCGUUGAACGGCCUAGGGCAACCGUCUUUUUAUCUCCGGCCGGUGAGGAAAGACGGUAGAUUGGAACUUACCCAAGUUAUGAUUGAUCGACCGGAGAUUUUCCAUGCUUCCCGAGAAGAUGGACGGUUGAGAUUACAUCUUGUCGAUGGUGCUUAUUGUGGUCCUGAAGAAAUUGUGGAGUUAGAAGAUGAACCAAAGGGUCUAGAUAAUGAGCAUGAGGGCGAAGAGAUAAGUAGAUCUGAUAUUGAAUGUGGUAGAGAGAUCAAUGGAGAAGACAAUGAUGCUACAAGUGAUCAAGUGGUGGAUCUAUAUACUAUGAUCAAUGAUGAUAGUGGUACAAAAAGUUUGAGUUGUAAAAGUAGCCAUGAGGAGGUCUCGGUGAAUAGUGAUAAUGAUGUUGCACAUUUCCAUGAUGACCAUGCCACGAGAGAAUGGAGGUACAAGAUUGUGGCAAGUAUGAACCAUAAUGAGAACAAUCGUCAUCAUCAUAUUCAUCCAUACCAUCAUCAUAAUAGUAACAAUAACAUGCAUUUAUGUACCCGGGCGUACGUGAAGACCAGGUGAAGUUAUCAAUGUUUUACGUGGCGGCUUGAAAGAGAAUAAAAAGUAUAUCAAAAACAAAAAAAAGGGACAGCUAUUUUAUUCUGGAAGCUUUGUAAUUUGUAAGUUUAAAAAUAUUCGAAAAGUCAAAGUUGGGUCUAAUAUGAUAGCGUGUGAGUGUAUAUGUUCAUUUUGGGAUGCUUAUGUAUAUAUGACUUUCUUUUGUUUAGUAAAAUGCUUAUGUGUA